CUAGCUAAGCCAUCUUAUAUUGCAUUUGUGAGCUAACAUGGCUGCAAGUUACAAGCAAAACCAGCUUAAGAUAGUGUCCAAAGUAGGGAUAAUCGGGGCCGGUAUUAGCGGAAUUGCGGCCGCUAAACAGCUUUUGAGUCACAACCCUGUGGUCUUUGAGGCCACGGAUUCGAUCGGAGGUGUUUGGAAACACUGCUCCUACAAUUCCACCAAACUCCAAACCCCUCGAUGCGAUUUCGAGUUCUCCGAUUAUCCAUGGCCGGACAGGGAAAAUUCAAGCUUCCCUUCUCACCUUGAGGUCUUGGAUUACCUGUACGGCUAUGCCAAACACUUUGAUGUGUUGAAACACAUUAAGUUCAACUCUAAGGUUGUCGAAAUUCGGUACGUUGGUCAUGAACAUUCUCAAAAUAUGUUGGAAGUUGAUCAUGUGAAGGACUUGAAGCCAUACGGAGAUCAGAACUAUGGGCAUCUAUUGCAAGGCCGUCCUGUUUGGGAGGUUGCUGUUCAUCACACAUCCGACCAAUCCGAUACUGUUCAGUGGUAUGCAUUUGAGCUUCUGGUAGUAUGUAUUGGUAAAUACGGAGACAUCCCAAGAACACUGCCAACUUAUAACUCUUCCAAUAGUAAUAUUGGACGUGAAGUAUUUUGCGGAAAGGUUUUGCAUGCCAUGGAUUACUCUAAGCUCGAUAAAGAAGCUGCUCGUUUGCUGCUAAAAGGAAAGAAGGUCGCAAUCGUUGGCUACAAGAAAUCAGCCAUCGAUUUAGCUAUGGAGUGUGCAGAGGCAAACCAAGGACCUGACGGGCAACCAUGCACAAUGGUGAUAAGGACUCUUCAUUGGACCGUUCCAUCAUAUUGGAUAUGGGGAUUGCCGUUUUUCUUGUUUUAUUCAACAAGGUCUUCUCAAUUUCUCCACGAAAGGCCAAACCAAAGCUUGUUCGGAGCACUUUUGUGCCUGCUUUUUUCUCCCUUGAGGAGGGCAAUUUCCAAGUUCAUAGAGUUAUACUUGGUGUGGAAACAUCCACUAAUGAAGUAUGGACUAAAGCCAGAUCAUCCCUUUGAGGAGGACUAUGCUUCAUGCCAAAUGGCAAUAUUGCCUGAGAAUUUCUUUCGUGAGGCAGACAAGGGGAAAAUAAUGUUCAAAAGGACAUCAAAAUGGUGGUUUUGGAGUGGAGGAAUUGAAUUUGAAGACCACACAAAACUAGAAGCUGAUAUUGUGCUUCUUUGUACUGGUUAUGAUGGGAAAAAGAAGCUUCAAAAUUUACUGCCUCGGCCGUUUAGUAGUCUCGUUGUGGACUCUACAGGAGUCAUGCCCUUGUACAGGGGCACUAUUCACCCAUUGAUUCCCAACAUGGCAUUUGUGGGUUACAUAGAGAGCGUCUCCAACCUUCACACGGCAGAGCUGCGCUGCAAAUGGCUGGCAAGGCUUGCCGACGACAAGUUCAAGCUUCCAAGUGUCGAAAAAAUGCUUCAACAAAUAACCAAGGAAUUUCAGAUUAUGAAGAGGACGACCAGGUUCUACAAGAGACAUUGCAUUUCCACUUUCAGUAUCAACCACAGCGAUGAGAUAUGCCGUGAGAUGGGAUGGGCUUCUUGGAGAAAGACUAACUGGUUUCUAGAAGCUUUUAGCCCUUAUAGCAGCCAAGACUACCGUGAAAAGGAGAUCAAAUAAAUCGACGAUUUAUAUUUAAUUAUCCUUUGACAUGGCUUAAAAGCUGUCACUAUUAAUCAAUGAAUAUUAAUAAAUAAUA